UCAAAUCGCACAGUUAAGACAGUUUUAGAGUUCAUUAAUGGCGACAGCUGAAGAAGCUUCAAGAAUAGAACAAAUCAGGCAGCAUCUCCUUGGAGAAUUCAACGAUUGUAAUCCAAAUACAUAUUCCACAAAUCGCAUCUCACGUUUUGAGAUCAUAACAGAGAGUUAUUCUUCUAUCCCUAUCCAAUAUCCACUUCAAUACGAGAUUAAACCUGAAACAAUCAACCUCAAGGAUACGAUUUCUUCGCAAUCUAACUUCAGAUCUCGAAAUCCAACAAAUCCACCUACACUUAACAGAUUCGAAUGGCUAAAUUUCGGUUCAUCACAGUCUGUUGCCGCAGCUGUUUCAAUCGAAACACGUUCAAAACAGGUACAACAACGGCGAUACAGAGGCGUAAGGCAAAGACCGUGGGGGAAAUUUGCAGCGGAAAUUCGAGAUCCGAAUCGUCGUGGCUGUAGAAUAUGGUUAGGAACAUUUGAUGCUGCUACUGAAGCGGCGAUUGCGUAUGAUCGAGCUGCUUUCAAGAUGAGAGGAAGUAAAGCGAUCCUUAAUUUUCCUCUUCAAGCAGGGAAAUGGCGGAUUACGGCGGUUGAUGAUGAUGAUGGAUUCAAGAGACGGAGAGAGAUGGAAGAGGAAGAAACGGAAGGAAAACGUGCGAGAAUGGAUGAGUUAACGGAGGAGGCGGUUACUUCAUCUUGUGGUAGUAGUAUUGUGGUUUGUCCGUUAACGCCGUCAAUAUGGAGUAGGGUUUGGGAUCAUCAAAAUGUUGAAGAUGGUAUAUUUAGUCUUCCUCCAUUGUCACCGAUCUCGCCUCAUCCUUUGAUUGGUUAUACACAACUAUUUGUUCUUUAA